AUGGAAGUAGAUUGUUCAACUCCUGUUCCUCGUCGUAUUAAACGUAAAAUAAGUGAGUCAGGUAGCGAUAAUAAUGAAAGUGAAGAAUUCAAUUUUAAUAGAGCUUGUAAAAAAGUUUCUCAGCCUGUUACUACUAAAAAAAAAAGCUCUGUAAACACAAAAAGAUUUUAUGUUUUCAUGGAAAAUGAGGUAGAAGAACAUGAAAAAUUAGAACUUAUAGGUGAAGAUUCAUUCAAUGAAGGAUGUCCUCCCGACGCCUACUUUGUGUGUAAAGUCAUUCAGAGAUGCAUUUAA